AAAACGUACCAUCUUUAAUUUAAGCUAAGUAAACUUCUGUUCAUCAUCCUAAUUCAUGGCAGCAGAGAGCAUUGCAAUUCCUUCGACGAUGAAGGGUUGGGCUUAUACCCAAGACGGGAAAGCCGUAAAUGUCCUCCAAUUUCAUACAGAUUUGCCGGUUCUAACUCCUAAAGAUAACCAGGUUCUCAUCAAAGUUAUCGCCGCCGCUCUCAACCCCGUAGACGCCAAACGUAUGCUCGGCUUAUUCCGGUCCACUGAUGCCCCUUUUCCGAUUGUUCCGGGAUACGAUGUUGCCGGGAUAGUGGUGAAGGUGGGGAGUGAAGUAACGAAGUUUAAAGUCGGUGACGAAGUGUACGGUAACAUAAACGAACAUCCUACGGAUCAUCCCAGACAAUUUGGUUCCUUGGCGGAGUACACUGCCGUGGAAGAGAACCUCCUUGCUCUCAAACCCAAUAAUCUAAGCUUCCCUGAAGCCGCUAGCCUUCCACUUGCUAUUGAGACUGCGUACGGCGGCCUUGAACAGGCCGGCGGCAUUUCCGCCGGAAAAUCCAUUCUUGUUUUGGGUGGCGCCGGUGGUGUUGGAAGUCUCGUGAUUCAGGUGGCAAAGCACGUGUUUGGUGCAUCUGAAAUUGCUGCAACCUCCAGCGCUAAAAAAUUCGAGUUGCUCAAAAGCCUUGGCGCUGAUAAGGUGAUUGAUUACACAAAGGAGAACGUGGAAGACUUGCCGCAGAAGUUCGAUGUCGUCUAUGAUACUGUCGGGCAGUGUGAAAGGGCUGUAAAAGCAGUGAAGGAAGGAGGGAAUGUAGUGGAGAUAGUGGAAGGAGCCAUUUUUCCACCUGCUUCCUUUCAUUUAGUGAUUUCAAAGGGAUCCACUUUAGAGAAACUUAAGCCAUUCAUCGAGGAGGGGAAAGUGAAGCCAGUGAUUGACCCCAACGGGCCUUUUCCCUUCUCCCAGGUUGUUGAAGCAUUUGCCUACCUUGACACCGGCAGAGCCUCCGGAAAAGUGGUUGUUCAUCCAAUUCUCUGAUUCAAUUCCGACUGCUUAGCUUCCUCGCUCCAAGAUUUAUCAUGCAUGAAUGCUACUAAUUAAGUAUGGUCUUUUAUUUUGUUUGCAAGAAUAAAAAUCUGAUGUAAUAAUGCAUGGUUCCUUAAUGUAAUAAUGUUAUAAUUAUAUGUAAUAUUUCUGUCCACCCUUAUUGUACGUUCUUUAAAUAACAAAAAU